GACAGCACUGAAUAGCACUGAGUAGAAGCCCGGUUUGCAUUUUGAGGAACACAAGCGAGCUGCCAGAAACAUUAUAGGAAGAGAAUACAGAAGGAAGAGAAUUAUAGGAAUUAUAGGAAGAGAAUACAGAAAAUUAAAACACUUUUUCACCAUAAUGGAAAUCCCUGACAUGGCUUCACUGAAACUACAUAGUCGGCCAGAGAUGUUUGAUUUUGAGGGUAUUUCUAUGACUCACUUUUUCACUGACAACUGGGAAGAGGUGAAAAACUUUCAAGCAAGACCUGAUGAUAUUCUUAUCGCCACUUAUCCCAAAGCAGGUACCACAUGGGUUUCUUAUAUACUGGACCUUCUGUAUUUUGGUAAGGGUGAUCUAGAGCGUCAGACUUCCCAGCCAAUCUAUGAGAGAGUCCCAUUCCUGGAGUCAUGCUUUCAAGACUUAAAAGUUACAGGGACAGAAAUGGCUGAUCAUCUGCCCACCUCUCCUCGUCUCAUCAAAACUCAUUUACCUGUUCAUCUGGUACCCAAGUCCUUCUGGGAGCAGAACUCAAGGAUUGUGUAUGUAGGACGUAAUGCAAAAGACAAUGCCGUUUCCUAUUUUCAUUUUGAUCGAAUGAACAAGGUACAGCCUGAACCAGGAGAUUGGAACAACUUCUUAGAGAAAUUUAUGAAAGGGAAAAAUGUGUUCGGUCCUUGGUACGAUCAUGUCAGUGGAUGGUGGGAGAAAAAACAGACGUAUUCUAACCUACUGUACUUGUUCUAUGAGGAUUUGGUUGAAGACACUGGACGUGAGGUGGAACGUUUGUGCUCCUUCUUGAGUUUGUCCACCUCAGUUGAAGAAAGGGAGAAAAUAACAAAAGGGGUUCAGUUUGAUGCCAUGAAACAGAACAACAUGACCAACCAUGUCACAAUCCCUUUCAUGGACUUCAAGAUCUCACCCUUCAUGCGGAAAGGUAAAGUUGGAGACUGGAAACGUCACUUCACAGUGGCACAAAAUGAAGAGUUUGAUGAGGUCUACAAACAGAAGAUGAAGAAAACCACUGUCGAGUUCCGCACUGAGAUUUAAUAUUCCAGUUCUAGAGUUCUAGGAAGAAGGUUGAUUGUUGCUCUUCUGUUUUCACAUAGAGGAUAUUUAAGAUGUUUUUGCACACAGACACUGAAAACUUAAAGGGAUAGUUCACCCCAAAAAUGAAAAUUUUAUCAUCAAUUACUCACUCUCAAGUUGUUCCAAACCUGUAUAAAUUUCUUUGUUCUACUGAAGGAAGAUAUUUUGAAGAAUGUUUGUAACCAAACUAUUUUGGGGCACCAUUGACUUCCACAGUAUAUUUCCCCCCUCCAUACUAUGGAAGUCAAUGGAGCCCAUCAACUGUUCGGUUACAAACAUUAUUCAAAAUAUCUUCCUGGUAAGUAUAUUGUAAAAAUUUUAUUUGUUAGUCAAAUACUAAUUUCUUUUCAUGAAAAAAACUUAAAUAAUAGAUGUAAAUUUUAGACAUUUAUUUUGUUAUGUCCAACUCAGACAAUCAAUUCAGAGAUUAUUAAUGUACUAUAUUAUGGUACUUUAGUUAUCUAUUAUUGUGUAUAUUUACAAAGCCACUGAAUUAUUUUAGAGUGCUUUUUUUGGUUGUCACUGUCUUGUGAUUGAGACACAGGAAAAUUGUUUUUAAGGAUUGUUUCAUGCUAAGAACUGAAAGUUCAUGUACAUUAAAACAAAGUUAUCAAGAUCAAAACCAAAGAUAUUGUUGAUUUACUAUUAAAUCUUUAGCUAAAGAUUAGCUUGAAAUAUAGCAUAAACUAGUGUUCUGGAAACAAAGUCUGUAAUUUUCUCCAUAGAGACAUUGACUGUACAGUGGAUAUAAAAAGUCUUAUUAAAACAC